AUGGAGAGUCGCUGCACCAACAUCCCGUCUGGGUCUCCGGAGUCUGGCUGCCCCUCCAGCGCGACUCCCCUCCAGCCACUGGCCUACUUGCUGGCGCGCUCCGCUGCAGCCGCAGCCGUCCGCGCCACAGUCCGGUGCAGCAUGCAGGCCCAGCAGCUCGUCUUCGUCUUGGCGCUCUGCCUCGCCUCUGCCGCCGCGGUGCUGCAGGCGCCGUGGUGCCCCACGACGGCGUCGAGCGGUGUGCAGGACGACAUGGGGCUCUGCGCCGAGGAGCUCAAGGACGCCAUCCUCAGGGAAUACGCCAAGUCAGUAGCAGCCAGGCGCACAAGGAGUGCAGAAAUGUCAGACGAAGACCGCCUGCUGGUUGGGUGCAUGGUGAGCUGCCUCUUCCGCAAGGGACCCCACGGCCGCCUGCAGACGGGCAGCAAGCUGGCGCUGGCGGAGCUGGGCGCGAUGCGGCUGUUCUCUGACGGCGCCAAAGACUCGCGGUACCUGAACGCCACGGCGGACGCGGUCAGGCGAUGCUCGGCCGCCAGCAGGUCACUGCUGCCCGACAAUGGCGGACCACGUCAUGAGUGCGAACUGGGAUUCUUCAUGUUCGAGUGCGUCAGUGACCAGAUAACUGAGGUACGUAUCAUUCAGAGAAGUUGA